AUGGCUGACUCCGCUGCCGAUAUCGAGUCCCACGAUGGCAACAGCGCCGGUCUCCAAACGGCCAAGGAUCUCUUCUCUGGCGCUGUGGGCGGCAUUGCCCAGGUGUUGAUUGGCCAACCCUUCGACAUAGUCAAAGUCCGUCUCCAAACCUCCACCCAAUACUCCUCCGCCCUCACCGCCGCAGCCUCCAUCUACAAGAACGAAGGCGCCCUGGCCUUCUACAAAGGCACCCUUACUCCCCUCCUGGGCAUCGGCGCCUGCGUGUCCAUACAAUUCGGCGCCUUCCACUCCGCGCGCCGCUUCCUCGAACAACGCCGUUCCGCCUCAGACAAGUCCUUCAUCCCCGGCGUCUCGAACCUGUCCUACGGCGAGUACUACGCCGCGGGCGCCUUUGCUGGCGUCGCCAACUCUGUUAUUUCCGGUCCCAUCGAGCACGUGCGUAUCCGCCUGCAAGCCCAACCGCACGGUGCCGGCCGGUUGUACUCAGGACCACUAGACUGCGUGCGCAAGCUCUCGAAACAAGCCGGCGGCGUCUUGCCCGGUUUGUACCGUGGGGAGGUCGUCACCGUGCUGCGCGAGGCGCAAGCGUACGGCUUGUGGUUUUUGGCAUUUGAGUGGCUGAUGAACGCGGACGCGGCGCGCAACAAGAUCGAUCGCAAGGAGAUCCCCUCGUACAAAAUUGCGCUGUAUGGUGGACUGGCGGGCGAGGCGCUUUGGUUGGGCAGCUAUCCGUUGGAUGUGGUCAAGAGCAAGAUGCAGACUGAUGGGUUUGGAGCUGGACAGCAAAAGUAUAAGAACAUGAGGGAUUGCUUUGCGCAGACGUUCAGGCAGGAAGGCAUGAGAGGGUUCUGGAAGGGUAUUGGGCCGACGCUUUUGAGGGCUAUGCCGGUGAGCGCGGGAACGUUUGCGGUGGUGGAGAUGACUAUGAGGGCUAUUAAUUAG